GUGUCAUUGAUGGGAAUGCUUGGUUCAGGAGCGACGGCCAAUUUCAUGUGAGCCAACAAAGAAUCUCAGGCUACCUCUUAGGCGCCUACCUGCCUCUUACUUGCCAACCUGUCUCCAUCUCAGACAGCGCGUCAGACGCAUAAACAUUCAUUUUCGACAUUUAUUGCUGGCACCUCAAAGUCCUGCUUCUUCCUGCUCCCCAACACUGCUCGCUUGGCGGCCCAAGUCGCCUUGCAGGCUCGAUCCGCGCUUCGACAGCAAGCGUCGCCCCCACCGGACCGAGCCGCAGCUCUGAAGCACGCGAUCGCGCCGGCGAUGAAGCCAUUCUCACCCCGGCAAAAUGCAACAACGACGCGAUGAGAUCCUUGCCAAGAAAGCAAAGCUCGCCGAGCUCAAGGAGAAGAGGAGGGCACGGACAGAACAGGCUUCGAGCCGCCAGAGCAUCGGGAUCGCCACCACUAGUGACCAUGCCAUUCCGCCUCUACACAAUUCCGGCCGCGAGCGCGAAGACCUCGACCUCUUUAUCGAGCGUCUGGUAGGAGACCGCCCGUCGUCGACAACCACGGGCGGUGCCGCCUCACCGGGCCCGCGCGGCAGCCGCCCUAAUAGUGUCCUGAGCGCCGGCGAGCUCAGCAAUGAGAACUCGGAAUACGCGACGCCCGGAAAUGGCUCCGCCGCCCCCACCCCUAUGCAGGUUCUCACGACCGUCCCCUUGACUACCAUCUACGAGUGCCCGCCCUCUCCCGUUAAGGAGAUCUUCUCGUACAGCAAGGGCGUCCAGACUCAAGACGACUGGGCGCCCCCAACCACACGCCCACGGGCCAUCUCAGAGUCCGAGCCCGAAGAUAUCACGGCCUCGCCCAGCAAACGUCUGAGCCGCAGAGAGCGUGACAGGGAGGAAGAGCUGCGGGCAAACAUCAGGAGGGAGCUGGAAGAGGAACUCAAGGCGGCCCAGGAGCUCGCCACGGACGGUGUGCUGAAGCCGACUGCCUUGACCACAAACUACCCGGCAAGGUCACUGACAAACGAGGAGCUCAAGGCCGUGACGGCCUCUGACGAGUUUGUCGACUUUGUGGACCGCGCGACGAAAGUGAUUGAGAAGGCGUUAGACCAGGAGUAUGACAUUCUCACCGACUACAAGCUCAACGCACACGAGAUCGACGACGAGGACGAGCAGGGCAACGUGGGCGGCAGGGGGCGUCGCAAGGUCAAGGAGGUCCGGCAGUUCUUCGACAACCGAUGGUCUAAGAAGCGCAUGAUCACAUCCAUCGACUUCUCACCCAAGUUCCCCGACCUCCUUCUGGCUUCGUACACCAAGAACCCUACCGCCCCCCACGACCCGGACGGUAUAGUGCAGGUGUGGAGUCUGAACCUGCACGACCGGCCCGAGUUUGUGUUCCACGCCCAGUCAGACAUCCUGACAGCCAAAUUCUCGCCCUUCCAUCCAAACCUGAUCGUCGGCGGGGCGUACAGCGGCCAGGUGCUCCUCUGGGACACGCGGGCGCGGGCGGCGCCUGUGCAGAAGACCCCCCUGACGGGCUACGGGCACUCGCACCCUGUGUACUCGGUUGAUAUUGUAGGCACGCAGAACGCCAACAACAUCAUCAGCUGCUCAACCGACGGCGCUGUUUUCGGCUGGUCUGUCGAUAUGUUGGCCCAGCCGCAGGAGACUCUGGCGCUGGCGGCGCCUCCGCCAGCCAAGACGGACGACCUGAGCCCCACGUGCAUGGCGUUCCCGCAGACCGACCCGACCUACUUCCUUGUCGGAUCCGAAGAGGGCGUCAUAUUCCCCUGCCAUCGCUACGACCGCGCUGGCGCCAAGGCAGGUGUGGACGCCCGCGUCAGCUAUCGCGGACACUCGGCGCCAAUCAUGUCGGUUGACUUCCACCCGGCUCGGGGACCCAUGGACCUCGGCGACCUGGUGUUGUCGAGCAGCUUAGACUGGAGCGUCAAGCUGUGGAAGGUCCGAGCCCCGGCAGCGUUGAGCGGGGCACCAGCGGGCGGGCUCGGCGGCCUGGGCGCCGCUGGCGACGGCACCGUGACACCACUCAUGGAGUUCGUACGCGAGGAUGUUGUAUAUGACGCGGCGUGGUCGCCCGUCAAGCCGGGCGUGUUCUCGCUCGUCGACGGCGCAGGCUGGCUCGAGCUCUGGGACCUGACAGUCGAGACGGAGGAGCCGGUGGCGCGUAUCAGCCCGAGCCAGCGCAAGGAUGGACGCACCAUGCUAGCCAACAGUCUCAACAAAGUAGCGUGGGAACCGUCCGAGGGCCGGCGCCUGGCCGCCGGCGGUAUUUCGGGCAACCUCACCGUGUUCGAGGUCGGACCGGACUUGGGCGGCAAGGAGAACUUGCGCAGUGAGGAGUGGACCACGGUCAAGAAACUGGUCAACAGGCUCGAGUCCAACAGCGUCAACGGUGCUGCCGCUGCUUGAUUUUGAUUGUAAUGCCAUCCACGACCCCUAUGCUCCCUAUCUUCGGGUGUUAUUCUUGCGUGUAUUGCACCUUAGCCUCCUGUGGGGAAUCAGCUACCCCCUUUGUACCCUCUUGCACUUCCGCACCCUGUUGUGAAAGCGGUCAGGAUCUAUCUGUCAUGAAAGAGUUCUUGCAAAGUUUGCAGACAAACUUCUUCUAUACCCCAAUUUCGAUCAACUCGACUGACACCACAGCUAUCACAGCCUUCUUUCCGUAUCUCUGUGCAGCAUCGCCUCGUGAUCCCAAUCGUUUCUCUUGGGCAGCCUUGAUCCCGAUCCUAACCCGGCCCCUGAAGUGCAGAUUUUAUACACCCGCUUGUGGUUAGGCUUGGGUAUGGCAAUGUAAACCAUCGGAAAUGAGCUGACACCAUCAAGCCAGCGAGAGCCUUUGCGGGAGGUUUGUUUCGAUUUUAUGCUGCACCCUCGCUUGAUAGGUGUGUACAACGUAUGCUUCUAGCUGCCCCCCACAGGUCGUCUGUUGCGCAAUAAAGAUUUAGAAUUCUUCACCUAUUACCCCUUCUCUACCAUUCGUGAAGAAACCCGAAUAUUUACUACAAGAGAUUCAUUCCCAUUUUCAG